GCUGUAGCUGUCCAGUGUCCCUGAGGAGAAAGUACAUAAGACACCUCCCUCCCCUCAUAUUUAACACCCCCCUCAUGAAUUCUCAAGACUAAAUUCUACAUUCUGAGGGAGAGAGUAAGACUAAAGAGAGAGGGGGACUGUACUGUACAUUAACUGUCUGUAUGGUACAGACUCUAUAACACUGUCAUGGCUAGGGCUAGGGUCAGGCAUGCAGGAGUCUGCCUGCUGCUGCUGCUGAUCGUGGCACUGGUUAUCAGUGCUGACGCAGAAGCAGAGAUGCGAAGAAAGAAUCUCAGGAGACAGAAGAGAGAAUGGAUCCUGCCUCCUGCCAAAAUCUACGAGAAUACAGACUACACAAAAAGAGAGUACAUUGCCAAGAUCCGCUCUGAUAAGGACAAAGAGGCGAAGGUGGAGUAUUACCUGGCAGGGAAGGGGGCUGACAAACCCCCCUUUAACCUUUUUAUUGUCAACCCCGAGAACGGCUUUGUACGCAUCACUGGCAUCCUGGACCGGGAGAAAUGCCCCAUGUACAACUUGACUGGAGUGGCCAGGUACAGAAACGGGACCUUGGCGGAAGCAAAUAUUCCUCUGCAGAUUCAUGUCAUUGAUCUGAACGAUAACUCACCUUACUUUGAGCUCCACUCUGGGUCCAUCGCAGAGUCCAGCAAAGCAGGCACAGAAAUCAUGCAGAUCAUUGGGAAAGAUGAUGAUCAGGAGGGGAGCAUCAACUCUAAGAUCCAUUACAAGAUCCUCAGCCAGAAACCAGCAGGAUCCGGAGCCAUGUUCACCAUCGAUGAGAAUACAGGGAAACUCUUCGUCAAGGAUGCCACACUGGACAGAGAGACUCACGAUUCGUACACUAUAAUUGUCCAAGGGACAGAUAUGGGCGGGGCAGCUGGAGGCAACACGGGAACAGGAACUGUGGAAAUAAAGGUCCUGGACAUCAAUGACAACAUGCCCACACUGGAGAAGGGGCAGUAUGCAGGGAACGUUGAUGAGAACAUUGCUGAUGUCAUUGUGAUGAGGAUCAAAACAGUGGACAGAGAUCUAGAACACACAGAUAACUGGCGGGCCGUCUUUCACAUCACCCAAGGCAACGAGGACGGACUCUUCUCCAUCGAGACGGACCAAGACACCAACGAAGGCAUUCUGAAGCUGAUCAAGGCAGUAGAUUUCGAGGAAGUCCAGAAAUUAGAACUUGGAAUAGUCAUUGAGAACGUAGCUCCUUUUGUUGUAGGGAGUGCUGUAGCGAUGGAUGUGGAUGUUUAUGCUGGCGGGGGGGGGGAGGCGGGAGCUGGAACUGGAGAUGGGGCUGGAGCUGGGGCAGGCGCUGGAGCAGGGGCUGGUGUUGAAGUAGGAGUGGAUGUUGGGGGAGAUGUGGGGGUGAAUGCAGGGGUGGAUGUGAAUGUAGAUGCUGGAGCUGGGCCCGGGGUAGGUGUUGGGGCUGGGGUUAAACCAGGAGUUGGGCCUGGGGUUAAGCCUGAUCCCAAUGGGAAGCCAAAACCAAAGCCAAAGCCUAAAGGGGGGAAGAACUACCCGAUUUCGAUCGCAGUUAACAACAUGCCGGAAGGUCCAGCAUUUAAGCCCAGCACCAAACUUGUGCCUGUCUCUGAGGAUCCCAACAAAAUGCCGAAGGAUGGAGUGAUCGCCUCGUACCCUGCUGUGGACGGAGAUACAGGGGAGCCUGCUGAGGACGUCAGGUAUGCCAAAGCCUAUGACCCAGACAACUGGGUGACCAUCGAUGACAAGACAGCUGAGAUAAGACUUAUCAAGACGCCAGAUCGAGAGUCUAAGUUCUUGGUGAAUGGGACAUACUUUGCUAAGAUACUCGUCAUUACCCAAGAUAUGCCCUCUAAGACAGCCACGGGCACCAUAGCCAUCCAGGUCCAAGACUCCAAUGACCACUGCCCCAUGCUGACUACUACCUAUGAGAGCGUGUGCUCGAGCAAACAUACGGUCAACGCCACCGCGUUCGACGAGGAUGUCUCGCCCAAUGGAGCUCCGUUCACCUUCACCGUGGUGGCUGAUGGGACACGUGGCAAAUGGGAAAUAGAACACAUCAAUGGCACGACUGCUGUCUUGCGAUCUACUGAGGCAUUAUGGCCGGGUGAGUAUGAGGUGAGGGUGGCGGUAGCAGACGAGCAGGGCCUGUCCUGCCCAGAGCCACAGGUGUUCAAGGUGGAGGUAUGUACCUGUUUGGAGGGGGAAGACUGUGGCUCCAGGACUAUCAGUUUACGCCAAAAGACCACCGAUGCCAUAAUUGGUACCCCUGCCAUCGGACUGCUCAUCUUAGCCAGCUGUGUUCUGCUACUGGUACCUCUGAUGCUGCUGUUCUGUCAGUGUAGAGGAGCCUUCGCUGACCAGUUCACUGACCUGCCGUUCGAUGCCAAGGAAUACCUCAUAUCCUACCACACUGAGGGAAAGGGAGAGGAUAAGGAGGUGCCCCUACUCAGUAUUCCUACAACCGUAACUGAUGGAAGGGCUGCACUAGGAACAGGAUCAAUUCGGCCAGCAAACAUCGCCACAAAAUCCUCACGUAAUACUACAAACAAUAUACGUCAGAGCAGUGGGGUCUCCAGUGAGGACAUGCAUACACUGCGUCGGGAGCAGAGCCACAUGGGUAUGGAGAUGGACUACACCUAUGGACUCCAGAAUGGUGGAGGCUUUGAGGCUAGUCUGGGGCUGGGAAGCAGCACCAUGCAUUCCAGAUACGCCACACACACCUCACAUGUCAAACAAGACAUCUAUGAGGACAUGGCACUCUCAUGUACUUUCCUGGAUGGCUACUACUCACAGAAAGUGACAUGUGCAUCUCAGAACCCUCCACUGAAAGACAGUAAGUUGGUGUAUGACUACGAGGGCCAGGGCUCUCCUGUCGGCUCGGUGGGAUGCUGCAGCCUCCUGGAAUCUGACAACGACCUCCAGUUCCUCAAUGACCUGGGGCCAAAGUUCAAGACCCUGGCUGACAUCUGCUCUCCUCCAAAACCUCAACCCAAACCUCAACCCAAACCUAGAAUGGUGGAGCGCAUCUUCGAGCCAAACCACCCCGAAAUCAAAAGAGAGAGCAUCGUCACCGCCAGCAAUGUCAUCACCAAAUCUUCCAUUAGAAAUGUCAAUAUCAACCAAUCGUCCACCAGCACCAGCAGAGUCAAUAUCUCCCAAACACCUCCCACCAGUCCCCCUGCCACUGGGGUUAGUAACUUCUCUAACAGUCAGUCCGCCACUUUCCCACCACCCCCUACGCAGACGAUUCUGCUGCAGCAACAGCCUAUGUACUACACCACCAUGCAGCCCAUGGUGCAGCCCCUGAUGCAACCCAUACAGUAUGUACUGGCUGAUGGCGGCUCUACCACCAACCUAAAGCGUAUGGUAGUGCUCAACGGGCCCCCUGUGUCUGGAAGCAUGGGAAGUCUGGGAGGCCUUGUCAUCCAAGGCAACAGGGUCAUAUCAGAGACCUCCACUAGCCCCAUCAGUCCCAGUACCCCAGGAAGCCCCACCAUGCUGGGGCUGGGUAGUCCCAGAAGCCCUGGGUGGAUCCAAGGCUCCCUACCCAGGGGUGGCCUGGGUGGUCUGUCUGUAAUGGGGCACAGCCCUGAUGGUAACUAUGUUUACAUGGAAAGGCAGGUUAAUGUAAGUGGAGAGCCACAGGUGGGGUCUGGGGUCCCAGGUGUACCUUCUCAGGGCAGUUUGCCCAGGGGUGCAUUCCUGUUGAAGGAGGCUGCUCCCCCUCAGGGGGUUUUAGGCCUGGCAGCCCAGGGUGUGGGUGGGGGUGGUGGAGGUGUGUAUGGCGUUAUGCCAGGACACACCUUUACAAGGGUGAGGCAGGUUGGGGGUGGGCCUAUUGGGGUUGGGCCGGCUGGAAUGGGGCCAGGGGGAUAG